AGUUUUAAAAGUGUGUUAAAAUAAUGCAUGUAUUUUUGGCCGAGUGCGGUGGCUUACACCUGUAAUCCCAACACUUUGGGAGGCCAAGGUGGGCGGAUCACGAGGUCAGGAGAUCGAGACCAUCCCGGCUAACACGGUGAAACCCCGUCUUUACUAAAAAUACAAAAAAUUAGCCAAACAUGGUUGCAGGCGGCUGUAAUCCCAGCUACUCGGGAGGCUGACGCAGGAGAAUGGCAUGAACCCAGGAGGCGGAGGUUGCAGUGAGCCAAGAUCAUGCCACUGCACUCCAGCCUGGGCGACAGCGAGACUCCGUCUCGAAAAAAAAAAAAAAAGUAUUUGUAUCACUGCUACGUUUAAGGUUGUAUUUCAUUGACCAUAAGUCCCACAGGGAAGGAGGAAGUUGUUACUGACUUCCUGUGUGGGGCUGGGCCAGGGUCUCCCCCUGGGUACUGAGUCAUUCUCUGGGGUGGAGUGUCCUGGGCACUGCAGGGUGCUGAGCAGCGUCCCUGGUCUCCACCCACUCCAUGCCAGGAGUUCCCCCAAAACCUGACAACCACAGAUGUCCCCAGACAUCGCCUGGUGUUGAAGGCCAGAAUCAUCACCUUGUUCAGGCCUGUGGGGGCAGGGGGCAGGGUGGUCUGGCCCCGACUCAGCCCACCAACAUCCCCUGGGCCACGAGGCAAGUGGGAAGAAAAAGGAAGUGGUCGGGGGUGUGAGCCACUCAAAGCACGGACAAUUCCCGCUGGGGACAAAGGGAUGGGCUGAACUGGGACACCUGGGUGGGGAGUCGCACUGUACGUGCCCUGGAGAAUCAAGACAGUCUCAGUCACCAUGCCAGCUCUGCCGGGCUGCAGAUGCUGGUUUCAGAAGCGCCCAGCAGCCGAGGAGCUCUGGGGAUGCAGACUUGGCUGGGCUAAGUUUCCAAGGGUCACUUGUGUCUCAUCCGUGGGAAGACCGAGGAAGACCAAGGGAGCCCAGAAGGCCUUGGUGUGGAAUUCUGAGAGCUGAUUCCUGCCUUGUCUUCCCCACACUGUCCCUGGAAGAAUCUGAGAAGAGCAGAGCGGAGGGAGCCCCAGACACGGUCUGCGGGAGAGCUGCGGGGCUUGGUGAGUGUUGCGUGGCCUCUCGGGUUGGUCAGCACCCCCAGCCAGCUGGCCCAGGACCCCUCUACAGAAGCAUUCCAGGAGAGCAGGCGUCACCAAGAUGUCCAACCCCUUCCUGAAGCAAGUCUUCAACAAGGACAAGACAUUCCGCCCCAAGCGCAAGUUUGAGCCGGGCACCCAGCGCUUCGAGCUGCACAAGAAGGCGCAGGCGUCGCUGAACGCCGGGCUGGACCUGCGGCUGGCCGUGCAGCUGCCCCCAGGCGAGGACCUGAACGACUGGGUGGCUGUUCACGUGGUGGACUUCUUUAACCGCGUCAACCUCAUCUACGGCACCAUCAGCGACGGCUGCACGGAGCAGUCCUGCCCCGUCAUGUCGGGGGGCCCCAAGUACGAGUACCGCUGGCAGGACGAGCAUAAGUUCCGGAAGCCCACGGCACUCUCGGCGCCCAGGUACAUGGACCUGCUGAUGGACUGGAUCGAGGCACAGAUCAACAACGAGGACCUCUUCCCCACCAACGUUGGCACUCCAUUCCCCAAGAACUUCCUGCAGACUGUGCGGAAGAUCCUGUCACGGCUGUUCCGCGUGUUCGUGCACGUCUACAUCCACCACUUUGACCGCAUCGCGCAGAUGGGCUCCGAGGCCCACGUGAACACCUGCUACAAGCACUUCUACUACUUCGUCAAGGAAUUCGGCCUCAUCGACACCAAGGAGCUGGAGCCGCUGAAAGAAAUGACCGCCCGGAUGUGCCACUAAGAGCCCCACGGGUCCCCCGGUGCCCGAACCGCCGCUGGGGCCUCGGGGAGACUUGGAGGAGGACGCUCUGGAACCAUCAUCCUGCUUCUCUCCGGCCUGAGCAUCUCAGGGAGACCAGGGGCCGGGCCGCCGGGCAGGUGUCGGUCCUCAGGAGCUCCAGCCCUGGACGGCAGACGCCUUCCUCACCGUCUCGAGCCUCAGUCUCCCGUCUGGGACUAAACGUGAACUCUGUAAUUCUACGUGUUACUAGCGACCGGAAAAGCCCACUGUGUUUCUAAACCACGCCCACUCUCCAGGAGGCUGGAUGGCUUCCAGGCUCACUCCCCGCCCUGGGCGGCUCCCAGGCCCCUAGAACCUCUGCCUCCACCUCGCUGGGGAACCCCCAGGGGUGCUGUGGCCACAGCCCUGCCUGGGCCUGUCUCUCAAGGGCACCCAGCUUGCUCGGCCUCCUACGUGUCUCCCGCUGGGGAGGCAAGAGGCUGAGGGGCUUCCGAGCCCCUGAGAGCGGACAUCUCCCACAGGCCUUUCCUCCUUCUCCCCACUGGAGCCGCUGCUGUCUCUUCACAUACAGGCACAACCUGGACCCAGGCAGCCUCUUUCCUCGCUCCCCAAUUUCUUCCAUUUUUCUACAGAUUUUUUUUUUUUUUAAUACAUACUAGAGACGGGUCUCGCUGAACUCCUGGCCUCAAGUGAUCUCGGCCUCCCAAAGUGCUGGGAUCACAGGCGUGAGCCACCGCGCCCAGCCGUCUCUCUUCCUCAAUGCACUCUGCUUCCUCUGUUCUUCCGAAACAUUGAGCUGACUGUAUCCAGGGUUUCCUGGGCUCUUGGGACCCCACGUCCUGCACCCCAGCUGCUGGCUCAUUUCCUAAGGGCCCCUUUGUGUAUCAUAAAGGGUUUGAUUUUUACAGUCACAUUUACAUCUUGAGGUUUUUAUUUUUUUUUGAACGGAGUCUCCCUCUGUCACCCAGACUGGAGUCCAGUGGCACGAUCUCGGCUCACUGCAUCCUCCACCUCCUGGGUUCAAGUGAUUCUCCUGCUUCAGCCUCCCAAGUAGCUGGGAUUACAGGUGUGCACCACCAUGCCCAGGAAAUUAUUGUAGUUUUAGUAGAGACGAGGUUUCACCAUGUUGGCCAGGCUGGUCUCAAACUCCUGACUUCAGGUGAUCCGCCCACCUUGGCCUCCAAAAGUGCUGGGAUUACAGGCAUGAGCCACUGCACCCGGCCUAACCAGGCUGGAGUGCAGUGGCGGGAUCUCGGCUCACUGCAUGCUCCGCCUCCCAGAUUCACGCCAUUCUCCUGCCUCAGCCUCCCCAGCAGCUGGGACUACAGACGCUUACCACCACGCCCGGCUAAUUUUUUUGUAUUGUAGUAGAGACGGGGUUUCACUGUGUUAGCCAGGAUGGUCUCGAUCUCCUGACCUCGUGAUCCGCCUGCCUCAGCCUCCCAAAGUGCUGGGAUUACAGGUGUGAGCCACCGUGCCCGGCCAAGAAUUUUUUUUUAUCAAUAACAUAGUGAGCUCUCUGCCUCUUCGGAAUGAUGUCUACUUUCCUUAUGACCAACCGAAGCAGGACUCUUCUCUCCCUGGACACCUCUCCACCAGGCUGGAAUCUUCCAGUUCUGCCAGAAUUGGCCUUUCCCAGAUGUUGCAUACUUCCAGUUGAACCCCUUUUGCUGCGUGGCCCCUGGGGCUGCGAGACCAAAAUCCAUGAGUUCUGUGUCCUCUAGACCCUUGGAAGGUGAGAGCAGGGCCCUGAGCAAAGGCAGCCACCUCUUCUCCCUGGCUGAACCCCUGCCACCCUACUCCUCACCAGAAUUGUCAGUGGCCUUUCACCACGGUGGCCCUUCCUGCCUGAGCCCUGCACUGUCCCAGACCACACAGAAGUCUGGUCACCUCUGGGUGCCUGGGAUGGUCACCAAAGAGAAGGAUGCUGUCCCUGUCUCUCCUGGCUUCUGCCAGAUAAUCAAACAAGUGCAAUUAACACACUGUCACUGCCGAGGCCUGAAACUCCCAGGACUUGUCCUCGAUCCUUCCGGAAACCACCAGGUCCGGCUCUUGGAGCCCCCAGGAGAGGGACCUCCCAGCCGAGCCCUCGAAGGACUCCAUGAAAUCAGGAACUGCUUGAUGGAAUGUAUCUCCUUGUACCUGCAAGAUGAAGCCCAAACACCCACACCUCUGUCUCCCCCAGGGCUCGGGAUGUCCCCAGCAGCCCGGCCACGCAGCUUCCCAGGUGGGCUUGGGGAGGUGGGAGCAGGGACCAUCACUGUCCCCUCCACCCUCACUCCAUCCAACCCAGAGACCACCCUCCCCCAGCCAGAUAUGGAAUAAAACUACAGACGCAGACGUCGGAAUAAA